UAUAAUAAAUAGAACAGUAUUUUCGGAGUAAUUUUGGACCAUAUCUUAAAUUUUGCUUUCGUUUUUCCAGUGUAUUAGCACAGAAUAACAUAAUAUUGGUCUUUGGUGUACGAUGGAAUUUCCAAACUUGGGAGAGCACUGCUCUGAACAAACUUGCAAUAGACUUGAUUUUCUCCCACUGAAAUGUGAUGCUUGUGAAUCAAUUUUUUGUACUGAUCACAUAUCUUACAUUACCCACUCUUGUCCAAGUGCUUAUAAGAAGGAUGUACAAGUUCCAGUAUGUCCAUUGUGUAAUAUGCCAAUUCCAUCGAAACGUGGAGAUCCACCAGAUUUGGCUGUUGGGCAACAUAUGGAUAAUGAUUGUCAAGCAGACUUUGGAAAGAGUCGUCGGAAAGUCUUUACCAAUAAGUGUUCAACAAAGGGCUGUAAAAUCAAGGAAAUUGUACAAGUAAAAUGCAGUGAUUGUGGAAACAAUUUUUGUUUGAAACAUAGACAUCCAACAGAUCACGCAUGCAUCGGGAGAGAAGAGGCCACCAGAUUGAGGAGACUCGAAGCUUUGAAUCGACAAACAAGUAGUAAAACAGCAGUGCAGGGUAGUACAAAUGAUUCUCAAAACAUCCGAAAUAUACAGGGAACGUUGAGUGAGGAUGAGGCCCUAGCCAGAGCACUUCAAGCAUCCUUACAGGAUGAGCAGCCACCCAGAAGACAGGGAUUGCAAGUGGUGCCUUCAAGCAGCAAAGAUAGAUGUAGACUGUCCUAAUUUUUCAAUGUACAAUGAUGAAGCACUUUUGCCAGUGACAUUCCAUUGCUAAAGCACACACAACCCAUGAAGGUCGUUGACGACAGCACCGAUGCUUACAUUCUUUUUAGAAUUGUCUUUUUAGCACAAAUAUUUCGUGUUUUGAAAUUGCUUCAUUAAGUGUUCACUGGGCAGACUCAAUGGAGAGUGCCUUAGUAGACAAAUUGAGGUUUACAAGCCGUUUUGAAUGUUCAUUUUUAUUCUGAAAAAUAUACUCACUACUUAUGAGUCACUGAUUCUACGUGCGUUUAGAGCAUGAAGAAUUAACGAACGAAAGGAUUGGAUGACGCUGUUCCUCCAUAAAAUCAUUUCAUCUGAACAAUCUCUCGGUGGUCAUAAUUGUAAGUCGGAGUAUAACAUUUUUAACAUACAUUAUACAUAUAUAUAUUUACAUCGAUACAUUUACUACGCAGUCAGCUUCAUACAAGCGUCAACUAUAUUAUAUAUUUUGUCAUAAUAUUACAAAUACAUGUAAGAAUUUGCUAUUAUGGAAUCUGCUUAUAACGUCAAUUACUAAAAAUUUUUAAGCGUUUGCUCAGCAAAGUCCAGUUGCCAGAGUAGAACAUCUAGCCAGAUGACUAUAAAAUUAUUAAUCUCCAUUAUUUAAUGAAAAAUUAACACUUACUCGUUAAAUUUCGAAUGAUGACACUAAAUAAAUAAUGUCGGACGGAAAUGUUUGAAGUAUCUAAAUGUUUAAGAAAUUCAAUGCUACACAGUUGUAUUCUUGUGUGAGCACUCAAAGUGUCCCUAUUAUGGUUUGCAAAACGUUAAUGGCAUAUACUUUAUAGGAAAAAGAAAAAAACCAUCCGAAUUUAGUUGAAUGAGUCCUUGUCCGAUCAUUGAUGAAGUGAACUAUGGUAAAGAAACCUUGAGCAUUGCAGCUUAGAGGGACAUAAUUGUACAAAUGCACAUUUUAAACAAAAAGAAUCAACAAAUUCUGUGAUAAUAAACGAUAUAUCUGAUUAAUUUCCUAAACUUAAACAAUCAAUGAACAGUUCUAGAUAUGAUUCAUCAUUACAGUUACAUUUAUUCAAAGCAUAUAUAUAUAUCUAAAAGUAUCAUCUAUAUUUCUUGUCCCCAUGAGAGUUUCUCACAGUAUCAAAAUAUUAAUGUUUGAUUAUGGUCAGCAAGUAAAUUAUUAUCCAUUUAAGGAAUUUCAAUUACUAAGACACUUUUGGUAUCUCAAGUGUCCUGUAAUAUAAAUUUAGAAAGAUUUGUCGUGUGCUGAAGUUGCCUGCCAUACAUUCCUAGAAACAUUUUCCAUUGUAAACACAGUGUUAACUUAUAAUUUGCUCACAUUGUUAUCCAUUUAAUAAAUAUUUAUUAUCAACA